AUGGCCGCCAAAGCUUUGCCCUCUCACCUUCGGGCUCCUGCCACCGAAUCUUCAAAUGCUGGCUCGUUCGGCAAGCACCACGGAAAAUCUCAAUCUCACAUGGCGUUCGAAAAUGCGUCCACCAGCGUUGCAGCUUCACAGAUGCGCAAUGCCCUGAAUGCCCUCGCGGAGACCGUCCCCGAUGCUGCGGAGCGCAAGCGUUUCGAGGCCGAGAUGGACAACUUCUUUGCUCUUUUCCGCAGAUUCCUGAAUGAUAAGGCCAAGGGCAACGAGGUCAACUGGGAUCGUAUCGCUCCUCCCCAGCCCUCGCAGGUGGUGAACUACAAUGACCUGGGCCACGAGGCUUCGGUCGAAUUCUUGAACAAACUGGCCGUCGUCAAGCUCAACGGCGGCCUCGGUACAUCCAUGGGAUGUGUGGGACCUAAGUCUGUCAUCGAAGUCCGCGAGGGAAUGUCGUUUUUGGAUCUCUCUGUCCGUCAGAUCGAGCACCUGAACCGCACAUACAAUGUCAACGUGCCCUUUGUCCUCAUGAACUCCUUCAAUACCGACCAGGACACCCAGUCGAUCAUCAAGAAAUACCAGGGUCACAAUGUUGAUAUCAUCACCUUCAACCAGUCCCGCUAUCCUCGGAUCAUCAAGGACUCCAUGCUCCCCGCCCCGAAGUCCUACAAUGCUCCCCUGCAAGAUUGGUACCCUCCAGGUCACGGCGAUGUCUUUGAAUCGCUCUACAACUCGGGCACCUUGGACAAGCUCUUGGAUCGCGGGGUGGAGUACAUCUUCCUGUCUAACGCGGACAACUUGGGAGCCGUCGUGGAUCUCCGCAUUCUGCAGCACAUGGUCGACACCCAGUCCGAGUAUAUCAUGGAGUUGACCGACAAGACCAAGGCCGACGUCAAGGGCGGUACCAUCAUCGAUUAUGAGGGCAAGGCCCGUCUCCUGGAAAUCGCCCAAGUGCCCAAGGAGCACGUCAAUGAGUUCAAGUCCAUCAAGAAGUUCAAGUACUUCAACACCAACAAUAUAUGGAUGAAUCUCCGUGCGAUCAAGCGUGUGGUGGAGGAGAACGAGCUGGAAAUGGAAAUCAUCGCUAACGAGAAGUCCAUCCCCGCCGACAAGAAAGGUGACGCCGACCAGGCCAUCUACCAGCUCGAGACCGCCGUUGGUGCCGCUAUCCGCCAUUUUAAGAACGCCCACGGUGUCAAUGUACCCCGCCGUCGUUUCUUGCCGGUCAAGACCUGCUCCGAUCUUCUCCUCGUCAAAUCGGAUCUGUACCGUCUCGAGCAUGGCCAGCUGGUCAUGGACCCCAACCGCUUCGGAGGUGUCCCGGUGAUCAAGCUUGGAUCCGACUUCAAGAAGGUCUCGGACUUCCAGAAGCGCAUUCCCAGCAUCCCUCGGAUCGUCGAACUCGACCACCUGACCAUCACGGGUGCCGUGAAUCUGGGUCGCAACGUGCAACUAAAGGGUACGGUCAUCAUCGUGGCCACCGAAGGAAGCACGAUCGACGUGCCCCCUGGAUCAGUGCUGGAGAACUGUGUGGUCCAGGGAAGUCUGCGUAUCCUGGAACACUAA